AUGAAGUACUCCUUAGUGUUGACUGCGUCGGCUUUCACGACCUUAGUGACCUCAUCAGCAGUUGUCGCACGUGAGGCUCGAGUUGUGCCACCUACCAACUUGGACUCGUGGAAACGAGCGUCGCCCCAAGCUCCCAACGGCUACGCGCCGGGCUCGAUUGACUGCCCUUCGACCCGCCCCAGCAUUCGCUCCGCCGACCGCCUCUCCGAUUCAGAGACACAAUGGCUACAGAAGAGGAGACCGAAGACGGUAGACCCGAUGCGCGAGUUCCUCGUGCGCGCGAACAUCGAGGGCUUCGACGCUGGACAGUACAUCGAUAACCACAAGAGCAACACUUCAUCUCUACCGAACAUUGCUAUUUCAUUCUCAGGCGGAGGCUACCGAGCUUUGUUGAACGGAGCUGGUGUUCUUGCUGCGUUUGACAGCCGCACGCCAAACGCGACAAGCAAGGGACAUCUUGGAGGUCUGCUGCAAGCCUCGACAUACGUCUCUGCUUUAUCAGGAGGAGGCUGGAUGAUUGGUAGCAUAUUUGCGAACAACUUUACAUCUGUGCAAAACAUCAUAGACCACAAGGACAUUUGGCAGUUCCAGAACUCGUUGUUCAAGGGACCACCAGAGGGCGGCAUCCAGAUCCUGAACACUGCGGACUACUUCAAGAACUUGGCGGAUACCGUGUCCUCCAAGGAAAAUGCGAUUGGGGAGUUCAACACUUCGUUGACCGACUACUACGGCCGGGGACUCUCGUUCCAGCUCAUCAAUGCUUCCGAUGGCGCCCCUGCCUACACCUUCUCUUCAAUUCAGAGCGAUACCAGCUUUUCCAAUGGCGAAGCACCGAUGCCGGUAUUGGUAGCGGAUGAACGAGCUCCUGGCGAAAAGCUCAUCUCCCUUAACGCCACUGUUAUCGAGUUCAACCCAUUUGAAAUGGGCUCCUUCGACCCUACUCUCUACGGCUUCGCGCCGACGAGAUAUCUUGGCUCAAACUUCUCCAACGGCCAACUUCCUCAGGACCAGGGUUGCAUUGCAGGUUUCGACAACCUUGGUUUCGUCAUGGGAACGAGCAGUUCGCUCUUUAACCAGAUCUUCUUGAACCUCGGUUCGCUGGGGAUACCUGACUUUUUGAAGAACACACUCACUGGUAUCCUGGGCUCCGUUGGUGAGGACAACAACGAUAUCGCAGACUACACCCCCAACCCAUUCAGGGGGUUCCGCAACGGCACGAACCCAAGUGCGAACAGCACACGCCUGACUCUUGUUGACGGUGGAGAGGAUUUGCAGAACAUCCCUCUUAACCCUGUUAUCCAGCCCAUGCGCCAGGUAGAUGUCAUUUUCGCCGUCGACUCGUCUGCAGACACGGUCGAAGACGCCAACCCUUCCAAAAAUUGGCCCAAUGGAACCGCCAUGGUCGCGACCUACCAGCGUGCCAAUACCGACAUCAUGAAUAAGACUUCGUUCCCUUACGUCCCGGGUCAGGACACCUUUGUCGCCCUUGGCUUCAACAACCGCCCUGCUUUCUUUGGAUGCAACAGCAGCAACGUAACGGAGGGCAACAACAUCCCGCCGCUCAUUGUCUACGUCCCGAACUCGCCUUAUGUGUUUUGGUCAAACACGUCGACCUUUGGAAAGCUCGACUACACCAUUGCGGAGCGCAAUGCAAUGAUCGAGAACGGCUACGACGUUGCUACCCAGGCCAACUCUACCCGCCAGGGCGCUACAAACUGGCCGGCUUGUGUCGGCUGCGCCAUUCUGUCUAGGAGCUUCGAGCGCAACGGUCAGCAGAUUCCGCAGGCCUGCCAGCAGUGCUUCACCGAGUACUGCUGGAACGGCACUACUGUCUCCAACUCGGCGCCAUAUCAACCUGCUAUGAUCUUGGCUGCUGUUGACACGAAGAGUGGUGUCGGCAAGUUUGCGCCAAAUGUGUUUGGUCUUGCUGUCGCAGCUGCCGUGUCUGGUUUCUUGAUGAUGUAG